AGCUCUUCCCACUCACCCUUUUCACUCCUUUGGGACUUGGAAGCGGUUUGAAGGAAGGGGGGCACAGGUUUGGGUGAGGGGCUGUAGUUAUCCAUCCAUCCAUCGCCUUCCCUGCACCAAUCGGAACAGCCCUCUGCUUGCCUAGCAGCCAAUGGAAUACUUCAAGCAUCAUGUCUAAUUCAUGUGUUGCCUUGCCUUUCCCAGAGUGGAAUUCUAUUUUUUAAUAGGAAGUACCCACUUUUGAGGUGGGAUUUUUUUCUAUCAGAAAAAAUUAAAUAUUUCCUUACUGAAGGUGUGGAGGAGUUUCAAGCACUCCCCCUUUAAACAAUAGCUUUUGUUGCUGACCGGCUGCAGCAGGAAAGGAUCAACAGCAACCGAGGAAAUAUUUUGUUUGGGAUUUGUAAAAAAACUGAUCAAGGCUUGUGAUCCCACCAGUUCUUUGUCACAGGCAGAUGCUAUUUGUGGCGCAAGUUCCAAUGGAUCAUCUGAGCAACGGUGUUGUGCCUCUGCUUGUAGUCCAUCUGUGCAAUCUUCUUGCAGCAGCUAAUGUUUCUUCUUGGAUUUCUUUUGUACACUUUUUAAUUACCUGAAGCAAUCCACGUUGGCAAACCCUGCUUGAGCAUCUUGGCUCUAUUCCUCCCACUGAUCAUGUACCAGUUGCUGACAGUAAUACUGUAUGCUACACUGGAAGCCCUUGCUGGGCGCACGGCUUUGGCUGUCAUUCAGGUGCCACAUCACACAAACCAGAGUUGGGGGCUACCCAGCUUGCUGGCCCACCUGAAGCGCUUGACGUCAUCGAAUAGCAACGCAACAACAAGUGUGAGCAGAGCCCGGCCCUCUGAAACAUGCCAAGGCUACUAUGAUGUGAUGGGGCAGUACGAUGCUGCCUUCAACUGUACUACGGGGGGAUACCGCUUCUGCUGUGGCACAUGCCAGUACCGCUUCUGCUGUGAUGACCGAUCCAGGAGGCUGGAGCAAGGGAAGUGCCGCGAUAGCCCUCAAUGGUUUGCUACGACUGUUGCUGGCGCGGCCACAAGCGGACCUGAUAUAGCAAAUGGGAACAAGCAACAGGGCAACAGCACUGUCUAUGUCAUCUGUGGUGUCAUUAGCUUCACGUUAGCUGUGGGAGUUGGACUCAAGUUUUUCUUUAGCAAAGCUUCAAGGAGACCUCAUGGAAGAGAACUCAAUGUACCCAGGGCUCUGGUUGACAUUCUGAGGCAUCAAGCAGGCACCACUUCAUGUUCUGAACGCAACAACAGCCUUGUAAUUAACUCUAACUUCCAAGACAAUGGUUCGGCUCGUCCUCCGAAGAACAUGUACAACACAGUGAAACCUUCCAAAACCAGCCAUGAUAACAUGCAUCACAAUUACAUCCAUUUGAAUGUCAACAGCCCUAAGCACCACACGGCCACUCUGGACUGGCACAUGAACCACACGCCCAGCCACUCCAGCACCAAGUACAACACCCUCAGCUGCUCUCGCUCCUUCCACAACCUCUCCCAUCUGCCCCCAUCCUACGAGACGGCUGUCAAGUCAGAGCUCAACCGCUAUUCCUCUCUCAAACGCUUGGCAGCUGAGAAGGACUUGGAUGAAUUCUAUGCCAAGCGACGGCAUCUUGCUGAACUGACCCGCGGGACCCUGCCGUUACAUGCAAUGAAGAUGAACUACGACAGGGAUGACUACUCCGAGAAGUCACACAAUCCACGACGUGUCAUGUCACAGGAACACAUCCUUUCAGAUGGUGGCGGCGGAGGGGGAACCUAUCGUCCCUCCCACUAUGACUACACCAUUCCACGAGAGCGUGUCAUAUCUCAUGAGCGCCUCCUCUCCCGUGAAAACUUGCAUUCGCAGGAGCGCUUGCUAUCACCUGAACGUCUCCAUCAGCGCACGGGGCCCUUCCAAGAGAUGCAUUUAGGCCACCAGAAGGCUCUCUCUCAAACCAACGUGUGUGCCAGCAGUACCCCCAUGCUUGACCACCAUCACAUGGUAAUUAAGAACUCACAUGCCACCUCCAAUAAUUCUCCCAAGACAACUGCUCCUUGGGAAGUUAGUAGUGGUACUACUAGCCAGGCUGCUGCCCGGCGUCAAGGCUUUGCAGCCAAGAGGCAAAGCACCAUUGAUCAAGUCCAGUUCAUCCCUGGGCAUCACCCAACCCACCUCCCUACUGGCAGUAAGAAUGAAGUCACCGUGUGAGAUAUCCCUAUUUCCCAACUCAGGUUGAUUUCACUUUCCAAGGCCAUAUUUCUCACUCUUUUCUGCGCCCCACACUCGUUCUUUGGUGCUCACCAUUUUUAUUAGGGGUACCCUCCAUUUAUUUUUUUUAGUCCUAAGGCCAUCAGCUUGGUUGAUGUCAAGUCCUAGCCUGGUAUUUGCUAAUGGUGCCAUCAUGGCCUUCACUGGCUUUUGAUGAUGUCCAUCUGACCUGCCAGGUCUUGACAAUCGAUGAUGAUGAUGAUGGCUGUAGGGAUUUGGUGAUAUCAGUGCUAUGUCAAGGCACGGCAAUGUCAAGGCCUGCUUGGUUUCUCAGAGGGCAUUGACUGUGCUGUCUUGUUCAGCUUCUGAAAUGUCAAAAUGAAUCGAUCUCAUGGGCUUGAGGUUGCUGCCAUCCAUUCCUAUGUCUGCUGAUAUCACUGCUGUCCAGAUCUGAUGAUCCCAAGGCUGAAUUGAUCGUCAUUGACUGGGUGUGCGGACUUUCAUGACAUCAGUAAUGUAGUCUUGGUAAUAGUUCUGGAUGUUACAAUUGCCAGGUCCCACCUAUCUUUGAUAAAAAUAAUACUAGUCUCGCUCAUCAACAUUUGAUGGCAUCGUUGAUGUGAGCCUUGUCUCAGACUUUUGAAGACUGGAGACAACACCUGUGGAUUUAUCAUGUGGUUGGCAUCUUCUGCGUCUUAAGCACCAUGAGCUUUGCCAACCCUUAUGGAUGCUCCAUCAACCACCUGAUACCAUCGACACCAGCAGAGGUGUCAACACUGUGGACUCAGCUGCAGAUGAUACACGCGCUGUGGGUCUUGUUGACCUCUGAUGUCUUCACCAUCAACAUUUGAUGGUUUCAGCACUGUGGACCUUUGAUGACAUCAACGUUGUGUCAUUUGUCAGUUACAGAUGAUGUCAAUGGAGAAAAAGGUUUGUCAGUAUAUGUGAUAUAACCUUACAGUGCAUCACAUGGACUGGUAAAGUCAGUUGUGUGUAGGUAUUGUUAGUAUUAUAGAAUGUUGGGGCAAAUCAAUCAUGUUGAUAUUUGAAGAGGCCUUGCCAACAUUUGAUGAAAGUACUGCCAAUCUUGAUAAUUAAGAAUGAUGUCACAGUUCCUGUGCCUGUCACCAAUUGAUGAUUUUAGCACAAUGGACUCAGCCAGAAGCUACACAUAUUAAAGUAGCCAGGCUUGGCAGUGAUGCUGACAUUUGGUGACUUCAUCACUGUGGGCCUCAUCCAGCAUGUUGACAUCACUCUGAGGUCCUCUACCUUGGAUGAAAUCAUCUCUCUGAGGCUUCAUCUGUUUUACAGUAUGGGUCACCAUCUUGAACCUGGUUCAAAUCUGACCUUUGUACGAUGUAAGGGGUUCCUGACCCUGAUAAUGCACACAGUGAGAGCAGGAUGUUAUCCUGGUGAUGUGAUGAUACACUUUGCUCACUCUGUGGCCAAGUGGACAGAUGAAAGCCCCUUCCUCACUUCUUCGUUCCAUGUCCUUCAGAACAGGAAAAGUGGAGAAUGGUGGCCAUCCUGUCUUGUUGCAUCUAGUAUCAAGUUUGGUCAGUGCCAAAGGUGCAGGAAAUGGGUUAUCACACAAUACACUGCCCUUUGCCACAUUCAUCCCACCCUUGUUUUAUAACUCUAAUGUGUCUCUGCCCAUAAAAAGAUCUAGGGCAGGAUCAGGUUCAUCCCCUUUUGCUGUACAUAUCUUUAUAUAUUGCUAACACUCUCUUGUCAAAUUUUAUAGUGCUUUUCAUUUACUUUCCCAUCACUAGGGGUAUGCAUCAGUGUCUCCUCUUCAGUUCAUGUGAUUGUGGUUUGUAAAAUGUCUCAGCUCUUUCAAACACUGUCACAACAAACAAACUUCCCCAUAAUCCCCCUCCAGUUCCCCAGUGAGGCUCAGGACUCUUUAAAAGUUUACUCCGUAUUGAAUCUUUUCUAACAAAAUGAUGAGACAUAGAAAGUAUGGCAAACAUUCAACUCGUCAGGGUAUUUAUUUACAAAAAAAUAUCAAAAUAAUAUAAAAUAUUUUAAUAACAUUUACUUUUUAAAAUAUUAUCUUCCCUUCCCAAUCGUAAAUUAACUUUUUGGGAUAUAUAUGGGCAAUGUGAUCUGAAAGGUGUGUCUGGAGUACAGUGCUAUUUUCAGCUGGUACUCUUAUUAACUUUGACUUUCAAAUUUAAUCUGCAUGGUCCAUAAGAUAUUGAGAACUAGAUUCUAAUAUCUGUUUUAAGUAACAGUUUAAACUAUUGCAGUUUUUAGAUGCUGAAUAUUUUCACUUAUAAUAUCUAGAAAAACCCACAACAGUUUCUGGUUGGUAAACUUUUAACUGCCAUUCAUUCCCAUCUCCCCAGAUUCUUAUGAGCUGGAUUGAAUGUUACAUUAAGCCAAGCUUGAAAGUAAUUGAUUUAAAACUCUCUUUAGUUCAUAAAAAAUUUUUGAACAAGAUUUUAGAAAUUGUGAUUGUAGUCAUUAUAAUGACAAUAGUAUUAAUGGGGCUAGUAAUGAAUAUACGUGAUGCUGGUUUAUUACCUUUGAGGAGUUGCAAUUUAAUGGCCAUUUUUAGUCAUUCUAUUUUUUUCACGAUAAAAGUAAUAUGUUACAAUUGAUGUAACUAAUUAAUUACACAUUUAACGAAACUGGUUAAUAUUAGCAUGUUAGCAUUGGCACUAACUUUCUGAACUCUGUGCUAAACCAUAGUUCAGUAGUACAAGACUGAGAGCAGGCAAGCAUUGAGUCAGUUCCUCCUGUUAUUUGGCUAUGAAAAGACGUCUGGAAGUUUUCACUUUAGAUUAACUGUAGUCAUAUAAUCCAAACCAGACAAACCUCAGUUUAUCUAUACUAGGGUUAGAAGAAACAAGCCAACUUCAAAUAAUAAUUUAAUAGUUAUGAUUUAUCACAGUUCAGGUUGGAGCCCCCGAUGGCGCAAUGACUUGUGCCAGCAGGAUUGCUGACCGAAAGGUCGGCGGUUCAAAUCCGGGGAGUGGGGUGAGUUACCGUCUGUCAGUCCCAGCUUGUCAUGUGGGGACAUGAGAGAAGCCUUCCACAGGAUGGUAAAACAUCCGGGCAUCCCCUGGACAAUGUCCUUACAGACUGUCAGUUCUCUUACACCAGAAACGACUUGCAGUUUCUCAAGUCGCUCCUGACACGAAGGGAAAAAAACAGCUCAGAUUGAAUAGCAGACUAAAACAUGGCCAAUCUGACAUGGAUCUCAUCCAUCUCUUCCUUGUACUUAAAAAAGAGAGAGAGAAAUGGAAACAUGAGAACCAGUGCUUGCCUAGCUUCAUUCUUUACACACUAAACUGUGGUUCAAAUACAAUUAUUAUUUAGAUUGCAAUCCUAUUCACACUUACCUGGGAAUAAAUCUCACUGAAUUCAGUGGGACAGACUUAUAUAUAAAUGUGGAUUGCACUUCAUUUUCUCCACCUUCUUCAGAGAAUGUUUGGUAGCGGAAAGUGUUUUGUUUUGCAUCUUGUUUUUUUGUACUUUGUUUAUUCAGAUGGGGAAGGACUGGAGGAAACAAUUUAUAUGAAUAAGGAACCCAAUUUGAAAUAUUGAAUUUAUUUAUGUGAAUAGGUUUUGGGUACAAAACUUGGAGUGGUAUUCAGAAAUGUUGCUGUCAAGAUUUGAAAAGCAUAAGAUGCUUAGGGUUGUGGACACUUGUGACUACAGUAUUUCAAAUAUGAUUUGUUCCCAAUUAGAUUUCUUUGUUUUGUUGUUUAGUUUGUAGCACUUUGUUUUCUCCUUCCAAUCUUUCCUCCUUCCUGUUUUAGUGUUCAGUCAUGUUCCUAUGUAACAUCCCGAGGAUAGAGGUGUUUGUCCAGUUGGAAAAAGCCACAAUUAUGCUCUCUUUUUAUUUUAGCCUCUAGCCUGAUGGGUCCUUAAUAAUUGUACAUAUCUACAUGUAGAAGGCCCAAGAUGUUGUUCAGGAUGCUGCGUUUUUAUUCCCAGUAGUCCCUGGGAGUGUAGAUAAUAAUACUGUUGCAAUCUAAAGCCAUCUUGUGCACAUCUCUGCCUCAUUCCUUUCCUUAGUACCGAACCCCUUUUUUUUCUUCCCCACCAAAGUCUAAUCAAGGGCUAAUGAUCCCACUCCACCCCUUUCUUUUUCUGGGGCUGGUGGGAUUAUAUUUUUCAUUUCAAACUUCCUGAUGCAAAACUUGGAAGAAGGCAAUGUUGGGGGUACUCUCUCAAAAGGUGGAUUUGGGGAAAGGAAUACACAGUUGGUACAUACCCUGAGGAAUUGCAUUCAGGAAGGCUUUGGGCCAAGUCGACACAACACAUUGUAUUGCCAAUGUUUUUCAGACAUCCAUCUUUUGGAGAACUCUUUGGAUAUGGCCUCAUCCAUGAACACUGCAGUAGAUGCAGGAGCCAUGCUGUAGAUUCAUAUUCCAGCUUGCUUCUGCACUUAGACCCUUUAGCACUGCUUUCCCACAAUUAGAUUGGAAGCAGAAUUCAAACAAUAUUCCUAUGGUAGUUCCUCUUCCUUCAUGAACAAGACCCUGCUAUGAUGUUCACUGGCAAAAAAGCCUUGUUCAGAAGAAGGAUUCCAGCAACAUUCAUUAAGACAUUUCCUUUUGUAGCUUCAGACUGUUUUAUUACUUUCCUGGUGACCAAUGUAGUCGGAAUUACUUAUGAAUAGCCUUUGCAUUGGCCCUUAUUUCAUUGAACUGCAUUUUCUGCUCUGAACAUGUCUAGGAAUGUAGCCAUAGAGUGUAAUAAAGACCUUAGAAGUUUU